AUGGGUGUCGUGGCUAGUGCAAAGAGUGACGUGGCGACUGCAAACGGUGAUGUGGUGGCGGGGGUGAGAGAAGCGGGGGAAGGUGCAGCAGCAGACGAGGGCGUGUUCAGUGGUUUCGGUGGCGACGCGCGAUACUUCAAGAGGCUGGGGGGUGGCAGCAACGCGUCAUCAUGCAGCAGUGCAGACAGCGUGGAGGGGCUUUCCACGGUUCUCCCUACCGAGCUCUCUGGGAAGCUGCGCAUCCUCCUUGUAAGUACAGGCGACAGCUCGUGUUUGCUGCAGGUAUGUUCCCCCCCCCCUCCCGCCGCGAUUACGCCUUCCUCGCCUGCGGAUACCACCGCCGCGAGCGCAACGCCGCUGUCCCCUCCUCCCCCCCGCCGCGACCCCCUGUCGCCGCCUCCCCCUCUCGCCGCCGCGCCUGAUUCGGCGCCGCCUGCGCAUCCCGCCGCCGCGACGCCUCGUCGCCGCCUGCCCGUCCCUCCGCCGCGACGUCACGUCGCCGCGUUCCCGCCGCCGCGCCUGCUACGGCGCCGCCUGCGCAUCCUGCCGCCGCGACGCCUCGUCGCCGCCUGCCCGUCCCUCCGCCGCGACGUCUCGUCGUCGCGUUCCCGCCGCCGCGCCUGCUUCAGCGCCGCCUGCGCAUCCUGCCGCCGCGACGCCUCGUCGCCGCCUGCCCGUCCCUCCGCCGCGACAUUCAGCCGCAACUGCACCCUCCCUUCCUCCUCUCCCUACUCCUCUCCCCCCCCCCUCCCCCUCCCCCUGCGCCCCUCGUUGCCGCGGCCUGCCUGCCGCCGCCGUCCCUCGUUUCGCCGCCGCAGCCAUUUCCCCGCCGCCUUCACCUUUCCGCCGCCGCAACCUGCUUGCAGCCGCCGCUCUCAACAUCGCCGCCGCGGCCCUUCCGCUGUCGCCUGCGCCCUUCGUCGUCGCGGCCUGCUUGCCGCCUCCGCCCCCGACUUUGCCACCGCCUCCCCUUCCCGCCGCCGCACGUUCGCACAGCCGCCUGCGCCCUUGUCACCGUCGCUCCCUGCACCUUGA